GCACCGUAUGCCAGAAUAGCCUUCAACCCCGACCAGUUGCCACCAACUCCGACAAUAAGCCUCAGCCAGCCACUGUUCGAGUUCCCCCGCCGACAUGACACAGCAGCGCCGAGCCUGUGACAGCUGCUCUCGUAAAAAGAUCCUGUGCGAUGGCGACGAGGGCGCCUGCGACUGGUGCCGCCACCACGGGCUGAAAUGCACCUAUGACCGGCCCCUGAAGAAGCGCAUGGCGUCAGCUGCGGGCUACGCGUCGACCUCGAGCUUCAAGCGGCGCAUCGAACGCCUCGAGAUUGCCCUCAACGAGGCCCAGAGCCGCCUUGGCACAAUCCACGACGGCGGCUCCGGGGGCCCCGGCCUCGCUCCGAACUCCGGGCCCGGCAUGCAGCCGCGUCACCACCAGCAGCCCCUGGACCACGACGACCACGGCCACGGGUCCCGGUCCGGCAGCGCCUGGUCCUUUCAAAACAGCGCCCAGAUCUUCAAUCUCGGCCGCUUCCACCUCGCCGGCCACCAUAUUGGCGCCAUCAGCUCGACCAGCUGCCUCCCCGUCUUCUCUGCCGUCGGCCAGGAGUGGGUGUAUGCUGCCACCGGCCAAGUCCCUUCCUUUGACAAGCUCCGUGCCUACGAGGCCGAGUGGAACAACAGGAGUCGCGAUGAUGCGGCCAGUUCCCCUCCCGCCGCUGCCAGGCGAACCGCGUUUCCGCCGCGCGACCUUGUCGAGGCGCUGUUCCACACGUACUGCACGUCCGGAGUCUAUCCCAUCUUCCCUGUCGUCGAUCCUGUGCGGUUCCAGCAGAUGAUCGAGUAUACAUAUGAACCUGUGGGGCCCACGAGAUGCCGCCUGGCCCGGGAGAUUGCCCGGGCCAGCGUGCUUGCCUUCGCCGCCAUGGCCACGCUCAUGAACGACUCUGUGGAUUUCCCCCUGGUUCCCGGCACCGAAAAUCUCGAUGCAGAGGCCUUUGGGCUCAUGGCAUCCGACUACUUGCCGUAUCUGCUGCAAGAGCCUGGCGUGGACCAGUGCAGCACGCUGCUCUCGCUGACCACCUUCCACGUCCUGUCCGGCCAUGAAUAUCAGGGCGCCAUGCUGCUCUCCCUGGCCUGCCGCUCGCUUCUCGUGCUCAACGCGCAAACGGUCCGGCCCAACAUCCCCAUGGGCACCCCAGGCGACGGCACCAGCACGGAGGAUCACCACUGCCGCAAGCACCUCCGGCAGCUCUUCUGGCUUGCCCACUCCAUGGACAAGGAGAUGUCUCUGCGUACCGGCCAUGGCCCGGCUUUUUCAGACGAGUUCUGCGACCUCACGCCGCCCCGGAUCCCCGGGUUCCCGGCCACAGCCUACCCUCGCCAGAUGUGCUCUCAGGAGCACCACCACGAUGGCCAGCCGCCCGAGUCGGAUGCGCGCUUCAUCCCGCCCUCGCUCGCCAUGUCGCUCAUGAAGUCUCGCAUCUGCCGCAUUCUCUACUCCGAGGCCGCCCUGCACAAGACGGGCGUCGAGACGCUCUAUGACAUCCGCCUGCUUGAUGAUGAGCUCGAGCAGUGGCGCCUCUCGAUGCCCCCGGACUGGCGGCCCAGCCUGGUCCAGACAAACUCCUCUGCUUCCCCUGCGUCCUCCCCGCCGAGAUCGACAUCGCUCGGCUACUCGUCUACGCCAUCGCCCGGUCCAUCAUCGUCGAUGAACUCGCCGGGUCGAUCAGACGGCAUGAACGCGCAGCAACGAGACGACCCCCAGAAUAACCAAAUAAACAACAACAAUAACAACAGGGAACACAGCAGCAACAACAACAGCAACAACAACACCCACGACACGACAAGCGCCGCCUUCAUCGCAUCCCUAGACCCAGUCGCCAGUGUGACUGCCCAAUCGCCGCACGCAGUCAUCUCCAAGCUGAUUUACUACCACCUUCUCAGCGUCGUCCACCGCGCCAGCGGCCGGUGCCGCGCGGUCACCGAGAACGAUAACAUCACCAACAACACCGGCAACUCCCCACGGAAACAGGCGGCGCCGCAGGGGCAGCGGCGCGACUCGCAUGACUACAAUGACGCAGAACUCGAUGCUGGCGCGGUGGCCGAAAGACAGGCGGCCGCGGGGCUCGGCGCGGGCAUCAGCUCGAGCCUCGCCAUCUCGGUGCAGGCGAGCCGGAUGACUAUCUGCUGCUUGCGGGACUGGUGGCAGUGUACUUCUACCUACGCCUUUUGGGUCCUCGUCUUCUACCCGAUCUCCGCCGUCCUCGCCAUCUUCUGCCACAUCCUGCUCGACCCCGUGAGUCCCACCGUGCAGGAGGACCUCGCGCUGAUAGGCUGCGUCCCGGGCAUCGUGCGCAGCCUGGGCGAGCGCAGGCGGCGCCCGCACCCGCGCGACUCGGUCUUCUACAACAUGGUCGACGAGCUGUGCGCCGAGCUCAUACGGCUGGGCAACUGUGCCGUGUACAGGGCCGUCGAGAAGCAGAUGUGCGAGCUCAUGUCGUGAUUGUUGGGGCGUUGGCAGCUUGGGGUAGGGGUCGAAAAGAAGCGGUAAAGGGCAACGCGCCUCUGAUUCGAUGGCUACGUUGGAGAAUGGAAAUCAGAGGGCAGGGUGGGAAUCAUGUUUCAGUAUAACGUAACCCACGGGUGACCCGCCCACACGGGUGACCCGCCCACUUUCCCAAUCUUUCUGUACAAGCUAUCUUCAAUCCCAUAUUCCUCCACCAAAAAUCAUGCCACAGCAAUCGAAUGAAGGCGACAUUAUUCUAGCGCUAAACGCGCUUCAAUCCGAUCCAAAAUUAAGCGUACGAAAGGCUGCGCAGAUCUACAAAGUCCCUCGUACGACACUUCGCGACCGAAAACGCGGCGCACAGCAAAAACGCG